AUGAAACGCCCGCCCGUGCCCGUCCAGCCGCAGCAGCCGGCGGCCCCGCCCCAGCCACUUCCGUCGGCGGCCGCCGGUCUGCCGCCGGGCGCGCUCGACGACUCGCUGGUGUCGGCCCUCAUGGCCGGACGGCCUCCGACGGGCGGCACAUCAUCGACGGCCACGACGCCAGGGAGUGCGGCUGCGGCGGCUGCGGCGGCCGCAGCAGCAGCAGCCGCCGCCGCCGGCGUCAUGCUGGAAGAUCUCGACCUGGCCACCCAGCGCCAGCUAGCCCUAGCCCGACUCAACGCUUCCCCGCUGACCUCGGCGGCCGGGUCCGCUUCGUCCGCCAACGGAGGUGGAGGUUCGGCGGCCGCAGUUGCCGUGGCGGCUGCCGCUGCGGCUGCGGCGGCGGCGGCGGCUGCCAACGGACCCGACGGUCAGUCCCUGUACGGCCAUCUCUACGGCAAGGAGAUGGGUCUGAUGCGCAAGCUGUCCUCCAUGGACGACUACCAAUCGUCGGGAGCCUCGGCGGCCGUUCCACCCGGUGGUGGCAAUGCGUCCUCCUCAGCCCAGCAGCAGCAACAAUCGCAUCCCCAUGCGGCCAAAUUUAACGGUGCCGGUCCAACGGGUGGACAGUUUAACUACCCGAACGCGUCGGCGGCCGCGGGAGGUUUGCUUAAACCGUGCUACGAUUACGGAUCGCCCCAGACACACCAACAGCAGGCCGUGGCAGCCGCCGCAGCAGCGGCCGCCGCUGCCAUAGCCGCGCAACACCACCAGAUGCAGCCGCCGUCGCAGCCCAACCCGUCAGCCAACGGAAACGGAGGCAACGCGAACGGUGCGCCACAGAUCAAAAAGGAGCUUAGCUAUCCGGGAGCGACCGAUCUCUACACACCACCCCUGACGCCUUCCUCGAUCGGUAGCGGUGGCUCCAGCGGUGGUGGUGGUUCGGGACCACCUGCAACCUCGAGCUGCGCCGUUUCCGGCACAACAACCGCGCUUUCCUUCAUGAACAACCUUCAACCGGGUGGAAAUGGAACGGGAGGGCUGUACGGCGAUCAUGGCGAUUCGUUUGGAGGCUCCGGAACACCCGGCGGUGGUGCGACCAGUUGUAUGCGUGGAUCGAAAUCGGACCCAACCGGAAUGAUGGCCGUCAGUCGAGGUGCCGGCUCAAUUAUGAACAGCCUAGCGAAUGGCGGUAGCAAACUGGAACCGAACGCGACCAACGACGGGAACGCCACGAACGAGCAGCUGCAUCACGCACACCAUCAACACCUUCAUUCGCUCGGUGGCCAUCAGCAGCAGCACCCGAUGCACCAGCAGCAACACCCAAUGCAGCUCCACCCGAUGGUCGGCCUGCAUCCACAUCAUCACCUCGGGGGGCCUCCCGCGAAUGGCUCGACCGGGAGCAACGGCAACGGGUCGGCGGGCAACGGAAACAACUCCACACCGACGCCAACCCUGAACGGCAACGCGGAAGAGGACAACGACAAACUGUCCUCCCCACUGACCGGCACGUCCGCGCUCACCGCCUCCGAUCUGCACGAUCCCGACAACGAUAGCAACGAGGACGGCUACACCAUCCUCUAA